GCUACUUUUCCGAACUGCCCUCCAAACCAAACAAACAGGUGAAGAUGGCUCGUUUGUCGUGGCGCGGCAGCGCUGGCUUGGUGCUGGCGGUGGUCAUGGCGGUGGUGAGUGGCAACGUGCAGCCUGCGAUGGCUGUGCCGCUGGAGACAAUGAGGCUGGACGGUUCUGCUGAUGUGACAGCGGUGUCCCAGGACACGGAGACAGCGGUUGUUGCUUCAUCCGCUGCAAACAAGACGGUGGCAAAUGUCGGCGUUGUGCUUCCCACCGCAACCGUGAACGCCGUGGUUCAGGCAGUCGAGCCUGCAUUGGCUGAGCUCCUGACAAAGAUCGAACUUCCCACGUGCUGCUACGAUUUGCUCGGCCAGCACUUGGACUUCCAGAACAUGUCCAUCGCAAAGGGAAACUUGUCGUUCAACUUGGCAUCCACCACCAAUGAACUUCACCUCAACGGCAACAUCUCCCUGCCCAUCAAAGGCUUCUAUCACUUUUGCCACACGGGCCUUCUCUCCAAGAAGUGCUCCACUUAUGGCAUUUGCAAGGGUGACUUCUCACUCAACGUGAGCGUGGCGACUGGCUUUGACGUUGCCAUCAACGUGACCAACAAAGGAAAACUCAACAUCGAUGUGUCCGUGGCCGACUUCCAACUCACCGAGAUUACCGACGACCUUUGUCCAGCGCUGGACAAUGUGCUCAAUUCCACGCUGUUGCAGAAUGUGCUGACCAAAGUUGUCGACGGACUGCUCAAGGACGUGGCAAACGACCUGAGCACAGCGCUCACCAACAUCACCAACAGCGGCUUCAACACCACGGCGGCGCACGUGUGGUGGUCGUACUCGCACCUCACGCAGAACACAAACACAAGCGCGAUCAUCCUGAUGGACGUGACGGUCGCCAACGCGAGUGACGUGCCUGGGCCCGCGCAGCAGAUUGCACAGCCGCCACUGCCCUCGCUCCAGGACGGCGACAUCCACAUGGUGAUCGGGGACUCUGUGCUGACCAAUGCCGUGUUCGUCCUCGCCCAGGCCGGCGCCCUCGACAUUAACUCAGCCAUUGACAUUGGCAACGCGACCGCUGUCCUCAACGUCACCGUUGAGUCAUCCCCCGCGCCUGUGAUUGACUUCAACUCGACGUUUGAAACCAUUCGCCUGACCUCCAAAGUCAAGAUGCUUGUGCCCUUCACACCAAACGACCACCUCAGAUCCAGCAUCGACCUCGCACUCAAGUUCAAGGUGAACGUGACGGAGAUGAAGGUCAACGGGUCAGACGUCUUCCGCGUCAAACUGCACAUCAAGGAGCUCGCAAUCACCAAGAUCCACAGCUGCACAGGCCCGUGUGAACUGAUUAAGUUUGUGCAGCGCUUCCUGCCACACAACGGCGUGAAGAUUAUCAACGAUCAGCUCAAACAGCAUCCGCUUGAUGUGCCCAAGGGCGUCAUCACCGACUUGAGAGCCGACUUUGGGCCGUCAUAUCUCAACGUGGCGCUGGGAUUGGACGAAGCGUUUGUCACAACAGCGCUCACACACGCACUCGCACACACGCGUGCACAGCGGCUGCAGCUGGUGGAGGGUGUUGAGGAUGGUGGGUUGGCGUGCCCGAUUGAGACCAAGGCGAAGUGUGUCGACUCGCUCGCGUCUCUUGUGCAGGCGCCAUAACUGGCAAUGGUGCUGUGAGAGGUGGUGGUGGCGGUGGUGGCAGUGCUUGAAGGGGUCGUGGAGGGGCGUUAACAUCCAAGCCACUCUGAGUUUUCCCGCUGUGUUUUGUUGGUUGCCACUCGUUGGUCUGUUGGUUUGAUUGCCGAUGCGUUUAUUGGGCAAACAGCUUGCAAGGGAAGUGGGGAUGAUGAUGAUGGUGAUGAUGAUGGUGGUGAUGAUGAUGAUGAUGAUGAUGAUGAUGAUUGAUGGUAUGUCAUUGCAUUGUUUCGUACAAGGGGUAAGAAUGAAGUUACAUGAAGUCAAGACGCGCAACAACAAGUCAACGUCACGUAAUGCCAGAUAAAAAACAAAAGAGGC